ACCCACAGGGCUCUUCUGCGAGAGAGUCAUUCCAUCACUAACUUUACUGCAUUUCGUGACGCGGUGUUCUAUUAACAUUUAAAUAAAACUCUUCUCCCUUUGCAAAACAGAAUAAAAACAGAAGUUCUUGGGAUCAAGGGUUUAAAGGGAACUUAUACUAUACUUUCCUCUCAUCUAUUCGUUGAUUCUUUACUCUUUACCGCCGACCCUACAUUGGCCGUCCCCUGCUGCUUGUUUCACCAAGUGUUUCGAUCCAAACUUCGUGUGAAUACUCCAGACCAAUGUCUUUCAGCCAGAGUGGUUCCAACCCCGGCGAGGGCUUGGAAGAAUACUUUUCGCAUAUGCCAUCUCAAUGGAUGGAGGCUCAAAGUUCCCCUUAUGGGCCGGUGACGCAUCCAUACCAAACAACACCAAUAUACCAAGCUGCUGCGAUCUUAACCCCAUCCAGUCUGGCGGAAAACCCAUAUGCGCAUACCCGACCCAGUCCUGUGCUCAGUCACCACUCACAAGAGUAUCAUUACUCUAUCCGCGAGCCUGUCCCUCCCCAUGGACUUGGAAUUUCGACACCGUAUCCAACCUACUUCUCGCGAAAUCUGGACGUCGGCCUAGAGAGCGGACCUAGCGGAUACGGGUUGAGAGAAGAUACUCUGUCCCCUCCGCCAUCAAGGAAACGGCAGCGGCGAGGAUCCAAGCAGCUCGUAUUGCGAGAUCCUCCAGUUUCAAUCCUCCCCCACCCUGACGGCCUCCAGCGACUAGAACAAGAACGACUGCAGGGCCAUCCUGACCCCCAUCCCCACCAGCGACCCCGGGCUCCCGGGCGCGGCCGGAGGGACCCGCAAGCCGAAGAAGAAGAUGCCUUUGUAGAAAGACUUCGAGAGCAAAACUUGGCAUGGAAAGUCAUCCGAGAGAUGUUCCGUGAGAAGUUCAACAAAGACGCCACAGAGGCUCGUCUACAGAUGCGACAGCUGCGCAGGCGCAAAGAGCGGCUAGCGCGGUGGGACGAGAACGAUAUUCGCGUUCUCAUGCGGGCUAGACAUUACUGGGAGCAAGAAAAAUACAGUCUGAUAGCCCAGAAGAUGAAAGAAUUCGGAGCCUCUGGCUCCUACACGCCGGAGCAAUGCGAAGAGCAACUGCGAUAUAUCGAUUCACAACGCGACCGAGAACGAUCGAUAAAAUCUCGAUUAAUUGAGCCUCAACCAACCCAAGGACGGACACUUUUGAAAGCACCCCGAGAGAAAGCUAGCACUACAACAUGAUAGCCUUGUUGUCUUCUUUUGUCUUUUUAUAGACUACCUUUACAUUUCCGUAUCUUUCUAUUUCCCUAACUUCUUCCUUUUCUUUCUCUCCAAGUCUACGACUAACUCACAAUUUUGGUGGAUUCUUUUUUACUUCCUCAUUUUGCAUGCGCGGUUAGGACUCUCUGCUUUACAUUUAUUGGGACUAUCUUUCUUUUUACCACCUUCACAUAUCCGUACAUAUAUAUACCCUUCAUUGAACCAUUCUCAUCUCCAAAAAGACCUAUUAUUCCUCUGUACAGAGUACCAAAUCGAAAUCCACCAAAGAAUAAGCCGGGAA